UUUUCCAGUUGUUGGCAAGAGAAACACACGAAAUGCAUUUUUAAUCUGCAAUUGUCAAACAUUGUGACUUUAUGUGUAUAUGUUCUGCAGUUUCUAUGGUAAGAUGAAGGCAGAAAGUUUGCUUGUAGUCACAGAUUUUCGAGUACUUACCAAUUAAUAGCAUGUUGUUCUGUUUUAAUAUGUGACCUUUUUAUUUUUUAUCAUGAAGCAAUAUUUAAAGAAAUAUUUGUUUUUAGUUUUCAGUGUUUUUUGUGUGUUUCAUACCAUGUUCCUUAGCGGCUGGUGGUGUUUACUUCCUUUUCGUGGUAACACAGCGACUACACUUCCCACAGUUCUACACGCGCUGUUACCAUGGAAGCGCCAUGGCUAGUUCCGGGACUGGCAGCAGCAACAUAAAUAAUAUUAAGAAAAAGCUUUACCCUGUCUAUUAUGCAUUUUUUGUUUGCAAGAGUGGACAUUAAACGAGUAUGUGCGUCUGUUAGUGACAUAAAGUCAGUUAUGGUGAUAGAAAAUCAUAGUAUAUAGUGUACAUUCGUUCUGACUGCAGUGAUUUGGCGCUGCUACUGCGCGCGAGUUUUCAAAGUGGGCGAGUCCGCUGCUCUUAAAGAGGACGUCCAAGCGGCUAGCCGGAGCUAGCUUUAUAACUUACCACACAUAGUUUAAACGUUUCAGCUUUGCCUAAAACUGUUGCCAAUUGUUUUGUUUGCUAGCGAAUCUACAUAUUUGAUCAAACGUAUUUGGCGGAAGGGCUUCAAAGUAUGGCCAGCUCGUUUUUAAACUUUUGUCGGCCUCGCUGUUGCUAAGGCAAGCUAACAUUGCCACGCUAACGCUAGUUAGCUAGCUAGCAUCAGUGCUUUGUAAUGUAAACAGUACUGUAUGUGGCUAAAUUAACUGUUAGUUAAUAACGUCGCUCAAAUAACGGAAUAAACAACCCACCUGAAGAGACGUUUGUCCCAUUCAUACAAACAGGUAAGCUAGCGUUAUGUGUUUGUUAUAAGUGGUCUUUAUCAGUGCUUUUAACUUUUAGCAAACUAGUACUGUAAACGUUGGCUAACGUUAACUUAAUGCUGACCAUUUAACGCCAACAUUAAACGUAACAAUUUCGUUUCCUGUUUCCGUAACGUUUGUUUGUGCACCUCUUUUCACAGGGCACCCUGCUCUGUGAAACUCAGGAUCUGCAUCAUGUCUAUUGAUUUUGAUAGUGCUGCUCUUCAGACACAGCAUGAUGAAGAGGAAUACGACCAAGAGGACUAUGCAAGGGAGCAAGAGCUGCACAAAUUGCUCACCGACCUGCCUGAUGACAUGCUCGAGGAUAGCAGAGACUCCUCCCCAGAGCUGGAGUGCUCUACCUGCAGCAAUAAAAACACUGGUGGCAGUCCAAAGUCCACAUGGACACAGCAAUGGUCCGAUCAUCCAAGGCCGACCACUCAUGAACAGAACUAUGAAGAUGACUAUGAUCAACAUGCUGAUGAUGAGUAUGCUUAUGAGGAUGGAGCAGUUCAGAUCAAUGGACAUCACCCUCAAAGUCAACCUCUGCCUCACACCUGGAACCAGGAUCAUCAGUUCAACCAGGGAGAUUAUACAUACACCAGCAUGGGCACAGAAAAAUCUACAGAGACCAAUGAUUUUUCCGCAGACGAGUAUGAGUCCAGACCGUACCCUCAAGGCACUAAUAAUGCUGUAGUUUAUAAUGGAGAAGGAGGACGCAGAGACAAUCAAAACUAUGGGGACCACAACAACGGCAGGAACCAUUUUCAAAAUUUAAAGUCUACACAGUUGGAUAGAGGAGUGGAUCAGCACAAGGCCAGCUACAAUCCUCACCAUCCUGCCCAUCAGCCAAAGAUGUUUACCUCACAGGCCAUUCACCAAGACGGUCAAUUUGACCGUCUGCAAAGAGAAUUCCUUGACUCAACACAAAAAACGGCUGAUAGAGAGCAGCUUGCCCAGCUCCAGAUUUUAAACAAGGCUCAGCAGAGGCAAAUUGAAGACUUGGAGCGAAAACUGGAGGAUUCAAAGCGUAAUAUGAGAUAUAUUGAGCAUCAACUUGCAAUUGCCAAAGAUGAAAAGGAUGGCCUAUCCGUGAGUCUAAAGGAAUCAAGUCAACUGGUUGAAGAGGCCAAAGGGAGAGAGGUUCAAAUGCAAAACAAAUUGAAGGCACUGGAGCAGCAAGUACAGGUCCUCGCUGAGAGAGACCAGGAGAACACAAAGAAGCAGAGGGUGGCAGAGGCUGCAGUGGACAGCAUGAAGCAGCAGAUGUUGGAGCUUUGUCGCUCCGAUACCCUGUCCAAAGCGCGGCAGCAGCAUGACAGAGACCUUGCCAUCAUAAAGGAGCAGCAUGAGGCUGCACUGUUGACACUGGAGCAGAAGCUCGACUCCACAGCUCAGGCUCUGAGUGAACAGAUUGAUGUUGGUCAGAGGUUACGAGAGCAGGUGAAGCAGCUGGAGCGCCAGAGGGAGGAAGAGCAGCUGGAGAGAGCCAGAGUUGUUAACGCCCUUACUCAGCGUCUGGAAGAGAGUCAACAACAAUGUGCUAAACUGCUGCAGACGAGUGCAGUGCAGGAGAUGAGUCAGAUACAAAUCAAACUCCAACAGGCUCAAUCAGCCAAAGCACUGAGUGAAAACAUGAACAAAGUGUUACAGGAGGAUCUGGCUGAUUUGAAGGAGCAGAUCACUCUGUAUGAAUCUGCUGUGAAACACGGUGUCAUUGCUUUAGACCUGAGCACUGACUGGGAGAGCCAGCUGUCUGAAUCCUGUGUGGAUUUAGGAUUAAAGAAAGUAAACAGGAAGAAUGGCUCACUUCACAGAACUGCCCUGGCUAAUCUGUCGGACUCGAAGCUGCCCAAAGAUGAAGCUUUGCAGCUGCUGCGAGUGGAGAUGCAGCGCUGUCUGGGUAGCUUGAAGGGGAAGCGGCAGAAGAUCAGUCAGCUGCAGGAGGAGCUCCAGCUCAGUCAGAGUCAGGUGAACGAGCUGCAGACCCAGUUGGAAGAAGCCAAGCUCUGCUCUUCGGUCAGAGAGACGAGUCAGAUAAAACAUCUAGACAUAACUGGAGAGUCUCAGAAAGAGUUCAUGAGACUACAAGAAGACAAACGACACUUGCAGGAACAAGUGGAGGUGUUAGAGAAGAAGAACACGGAGCUGAGACAGAGUGAGGAGAAGGUGAGGUCUGCCAACUUGGAGCUGUGCACCAAGAUGAGGGAGAUGAUCCAGGAACUGGACCAAGAGAAGCAGGAGGCUGCUCAGAGAGCUGAGAGGAUUCAUCAGCAGUACAGGGACGACGUGGUGGACCGGGUCAGAACCGAGCUCAUGCUGGAACACGAUGCUCAAGUUGAACAGCUGACUGCACAGCAUCAGCAGCAGGUCCAACAGUUACAGACCCAGCUGUCUGAGGCCAAUGAUAAGAUUUUGGGUGUGCAAGAGUGCUACAUAUCCGUCUGCACGGAGAAGGACAUGCUUGAAGAAAGCAUCCGUAACAGGGAGAAGGAGGAAGCUUUGAUCAGGGAAAAUGAGCUAAAGAUGAGAGAAGAGAGUGGCACAGCUGUGGAGAAGCUGCGGGCUGAACUUGAGGCGCAGCAUCAGGCCUCAAUAAACCAGCUCAAAGCUCUCUGGUCCAAAGAAAAGGAGGCUGAGAUCGAGCAGCAGGUGAACUCUCAUGUAGCUUCGGCCAAGGCUGCUUGGAAGGAGGAAUUGAAACAGAUGGAGAAGACCUGGGUCCAGAGGCUGGAGGAGGCCAGAACAGAGAGGCACAGAGAGACUGCUGAGGCAGCCUGUCAGACAGAUGAGACUGAUGCCAGCAGUGUGACAGUUACCGCUGAGGAGCUGGACUCCCGGCUCAGCGCCCAGAAACAGCAGCUGCAACUAGAAGCUGACAAAGUCAAACGCAAAGCUGUGGAGGAAGCCAAGAAACAAGCCCAGAAAGAGCUGCGCGAGAAACACCUGGAGGACAUGGCCAAACAGGUUGAAGGUGCUGUAACGAGGGCCUACAAUCGCUGGAUUGAGGAUUUGACUUCAUUACCAGAAUACCAAACCUCUCUCCAAGCAGAGAGGGAGAAAUGGGAAGAGCUUCUAGAAAAACACACAGAGCAACAGGUAUCCCAGGCCCUGAGGAACGCAGAGGAGCAGUGGCACAAGAAGCACAAGAACCAGCUGGAGGAGCAGACCUCUGAAACACAGAGGGUGGAGGAGCUCCAAGAGGAGGUGGCAGCUCUCCAGAGUCAGCUGGAGCAAGGAAGGAGAGAGCAAGCUGCCCUGCUGAAGGCUGAGCUGGCCGGAGCCAGAGCAGCCUGGAACCGAGACAAACAACAGGAGAUCUCUGUCAUCCAGGCCCGCACUGAGAAGGUGUACCAAAGCAAGCUGCAAGAGCAGCGCAGAAACCUGGAGCAGGCUUUGCAGCAGACCAGGGAGGAUACUGACCUCCACAAGAAGGAGCUGCUCCUACAGAUGGAGGCCAAGCUACAGCAGAGUCUGAGGGCCCGAGAGGAGGAGUGGAGAAGUCAGCAUGCAGAGAAGGAGCAGGCCCAGAGACAGCAGGUGAGAGAUGAAUUACUGGCAGAGCUUCAAACUGGUUUGGCCAAGGUCCAGUCACAACUUCUCAGGGAUCCCAGAACAGAUCAGUGGGGCACUGAAGACACCAAGAGGACCAGCGGGGCCACAUCAGAGGGCACAAUAAUGCACAUCAUCCAAACAUCCUGCAAAGACAUGGUCAACAGAGCAGUAUCUCAAGCCAAGAAGGAAUGGACGAAAAUAAGUGAGGAGAGACUAAGCCGUGUGUUGAAAGAAACGCAGGAGCAGCAUGAGAGAGAAAUCAACAAAAUAGAAAGCUCUGUGACGCAAAGGAAGGAGCAGGCUCGCUGCAGGAUGGAGUGCGCUGAGACUUUAGGUAAGCUGCAGAAGAAGAAUCAGGAGCUCCAGAGACACUUGGAGAAAGCCUGUCGUCAGCUCCAGCACAGCGUUCGAGAGCACAAAGCAGCCAUGCAGCGUCUGAAAGAUGAGCAUGAACGCAGCUUACAAAAGUUAAAGGAAGGACACCUGCAGCAGCUAGAGGAGGUGAACAGAGCCCAAGAAUCCUCAGGGAAUUUUGAUCACCAACAAAAUGUCCAGCAAGGCCUCGAGGAGAUGAAGCAGCAAUACCUGAUGACUGUGGAAAAGAUCAGAGGAGACAUGCUGCGUUACCUUCAGGAGAGUCGGGAGCGAGCAGCCGAGAUGAUCCGCAUGGAGGUGCAGAGGGAGAGACAGGACACUGCCAGAAAGAUGAGGCACUAUUAUCUGACCUGUCUGCAGGAGUUACUGGAGGAUGGAGGAAAGACUACAGGGGCUGAGAAGAAAAUAAUGAAUGCUGCAAGCAAGCUGGCAGCCAUGGCUAAAGUGCUGGAGACGCCUUUAAAAAGUAAAUCUGGAAAGAACUUCAGUUUACAAACUGACUGCCUUCCAGGAAGAAACGCAGGUUUCACCAAGAACCAGUCAACACUAACUGAGCUCCCUGACAUGAGGCCAGAGGGAAGAUCCAACAGGGAAAAGUCCUCCGCUGAUUCAGAACAAAAACAAACUGCUGCAGCGAGGACAAAACCUCUGAGUCACCAGGACAUUUCUACAUCUGAGAAGGAGGUGGCCUCAGUAGAUGCAGCGCUGAAACCCAAAACUGCUGCUCACACACACCUCUGCUCUUACAAACCUUCCCAACAGAUUGCUUCUCCGUCCCAGGUCGAGUUUGUCAAUGUGUCUGUGAGGAGUAAGAGCAGGGAGAUGUACCUGCAGGGAGCAGACAACUGCAACGACUCAGAGCGACAGAGCAAACCGUUCCUCAUCCAGGAGGCUCCUGUCAGAGACGAGAGAAGGAAUGACUGGAGUAUGACCAGUUGUGACUCAGACACUGGCUUCCAUGUUUCUUCACACUCUUACUCAGGGAGGAAAGUAGAACCAGUGAAGCCCUUUUCUGUCUCCGCCGCAUUCGCCAGUGACUUAGGAGAGUUUGCUGGCCUCACUCCGGAUGUUUCUGACCUUACUGUUUAUAAUGAAAUUGCCAAAAACACACCCCACACCCAGACCUUGAACUUGCAGCACGCAAAGAUAGGUACACACAGAGAGCCCACCCCUGGCUCUGAGGGUGAGAAACAGCAUGGAGUUUGUUCCAGGCCUCUGUUCUCUGAGUUGAGACAACGCCAGCUGGACAGCGGCUUUGACAGUCCGUUCUACCAACAAAAAUGACCAAGUGAAGGGCAGGUUGGAAGGGAAGUUAGGAGGCAAGUUUGGAAAUGACUUGAGGAUUUCAGUUAGCUCACCAAAUGGUGCCUUUAAUACAGUGUAUAAAGUUUACACGAUGUAGGACCUUUGCCUUCAUAGCUUGUUAAAGAAAUAGUUUUACAGAGUUGUGUGAGUUGGGCAUGAGUUGGGUGAAAAGAUUGAUAGCACUCUCAUGUCUGUAUAUUGGGUAUAAAUGCUAGACACGGCCAGUUCGCUGUUAACAGCUUGUCUCUGUCCAAAGGUAAUAAAAUCCACCUAUUAGCACCUCUAGCACUCACUCAUUAACAGAUUACACCUCUUUCCUUUGAUCCGUACAAAAACCAAAGGGUCACAUUACAACAGUAGUUUCAUGUUAAGUUAUGUGCUGGACAUUUCCAGGAGUAUUGUUGUCACUGUGAUGUUGCCAGCCAACCAGUAGAGACUGCCAAGAAAUGGAAAACAAAGGAGAUCUAACUUGUAAAUGAAUAUUGUUGAGGUUUAGAGUUACAGAUGGGUCAAUCGUGUUACCUUGGGACAGAGCCAGGCUUGCUGUUUCCACUUUUGAUGCCAAGUGAAGGGAAGCGUACCUUCCAAACCCUGACAAUGACACGAUAGUGGCAUCAAUCUGUUCAUCAAACGCAACAAGAAUGUGAGUUAGCGUUUUUUAUAUUUGAGUAAAACUGCACAUUGAAGCAAAAGUGUUGAGUUUUAUAGCCUUUUUUUUUUGGGAAAGAAGCAGUGGCUACAUUUUGUACUUCUCUAUCUAUGACCUCUCACCUCAGGUACACCACAGAGCUCUAUAAAUAUUUGCUUGUUUCUUUUGGCCUCAUACACUCCUUUUCAACCAACAUGCAGCUGCAGGUCUUGGAUCUAAAGCUCAGCGAGGCCCUCAGCAGUGUUAUCUUUGUCUAUUUACUUUAAUAGAUAAGGUGUUUCUUCUGCAGUUGCUUGGAAGUCACUCUCCCAUCAUGGAGAGCGCUUUGAAAAAAAAAAAUGUUCAUAGUUCAUAAGUCCCAUCUGUGCCUCGAAUGAUCACGGCACCUUAUUGUACCCUGAACUAGACCAGUCAGUGCUGGUGCAGGUUCAAGCUCAUAUCAGUCUUCUGAGUUCUUUUUCCUCUCUGUCUGAGUCCACUGUGCCUUUGCUUUUAUAUUUUUAAAAUAUUUUAUAUCACAUUAAUGAAAUAUGCUGUGCAUAGAUUGUUUUUUUAUAUAUAUAUAUAUUUAUUUCAUUUUAAUAAAUCAU